UGAUAUGCCGGUUACGCCUUGACAUUGAUGACAAAUAAGAAAAAUGUUAUAGAUAAUAUUUUAGCGCUACGAAAUUAAAUGAAAAUUAAUUUCGUCAAUUUUAAGUAUGGUGCGCUAGGAAAAAUACGUUAAUUGCGCUAUUGUUAUUCAUAUCACGAUCGGACCGUUUCUUAUCGCUGAUCCAAUACUUAAACCCUAAUCAAAGAAACGUUAGUAUGUGAUGAUCAUUCUUGACUAAACAUUCCUUCAAUAAAAUCAAAUUAUGGGACAACAUAACUCGAGAACAGAUUUUGAAUGGGUUUACACAGAGGAACCUCAUGCAAGCAGAAGAAAAAUUAUUUUAGAAAAAUACCCUCAAAUCAAAAAGUUGUUUGGUUAUGAUCCAAAUUUCAAAUGGGUGGUCACAGGAAUGGUUUUCAUCCAAAUAUUGAUGCUAUUUAUUAUGAAAGAUAGAUCAUGGCCUGUAAUAAUUCUGGUAGCUUAUUUUUUCGGAGGUGUUAUCAAUCAUUCCCUUAUGUUAGCCAUUCAUGAAUUAUCACACAAUCUAGCCUUCGGACAUGCAAGACCAAUGCAUAAUAGACUAUUUGGUUUUUUUGCCAAUCUUCCCAUUGGGGUUCCUGUUUCUGUCAGUUUCAAGAAAUAUCAUUUAGAACAUCACAGAUAUCAAGGAGAUGAUAAAAAAGAUACAGACAUACCUACAUACAUAGAGGCCAAACUCUUCUGCACUUCCUUCGGAAAAUUCUGUUGGGUUUGUCUACAGCCAUUUUUUUAUGCCUUCAGGCCUCUUGUGACAUAUCUGAAGCCUCCUACAUUUUUGGAAUAUGUUAAUCUAGUCAUUCAAUUAAUUUUCAAUGCUGUGGUUGUUUACUUCUUUGGAGGUAGAGUUUUGGGUUAUCUUCUCAUCGGCUCAAUGCUUGCUAUGGGUUUACAUCCUGUGGCAGGACAUUUUAUCUCAGAACAUUAUAUGUUCAAGAAGGGCUAUGAAACAUACAGUUAUUAUGGACCACUCAACUGGAUAACAUUCAAUGUGGGAUAUCAUAAUGAACAUCAUGACUUUCCUGCUGUUCCUGGAUCCAGAUUACCCGAAGUCAAGAGGAUAGCUGCAGAGUUUUAUGAUAAUCUUCCGCAACAUGAUUCUUGGUCUGCGGUUUUGUAUGAUUUUGUAAUGGAUCCAGAAGUGGGACCAUACGCGAGAAUCAAGAGAAAAUCUAGAGGAUUGACAACAUAAUGGAAUCAAAAUCUCACUCGAUAAUUAAUCGCUUCAAACUAAUGUAUUUUACUAUUUGUUUUCUACAUUGUGAAGAAAUCCUAAGAUCACUUUAGCACUUUUAGCAAAGUUGAGUAUAAGCUUUUGUACAAUAUAUUAUUUAUAUUAUUUUCAUUCCAUCGCAAUUUGUUACUCAGGGCACCAAGCAAAAAUAUAAUUUAUUGUGUCGUUGAA